AUGUCUAGAACCAACCAACUCGGAUCAAGUGCCGCAAGAGCAGCAAACCUUGCAUUUUUCAGAACCCCAAGCUCGAUUAGGAAUGAACCAACCAAGGUUUUCAGUAAAGAUGACCAGGUUGACUGGGCUUCUUUGAAAAAGGAGUUGACAGCAUAUACUUCCAAGUCUUCUGUUGUUCCAUUGGUUAUAGGCGGUAAGGAGAUCAGCCAGGGAAGAGAAUAUGGCUCUAUCACAAACCCUGCUGAUUUGAAGCACAGCUUAGGUCAGUAUGCCAGAGCUACAAGCGAAGAUGUGAGAGCUGCCAUCAAAUCCUCUUUGCUUGCCAAGGAGAAAUGGGCCAGCACAAGCUUUGCUGAUCGUGCUGCCAUCUUUUUGAAAGCUGCUGAUUUGAUUUGCAACAAGUACCGUUAUAAGAUGUUGGCUGCUACUAUGUUGGGACAAGGUAAGAACGUUUUCCAAGCUGAAAUUGAUUGCAUUGGUGAACUUGCUGAUUUCUUAAGAUUCAACACUAAGUGGGCUGCCGAGCUUUACGCCAAGCAACCUGCCGAGGGUCCGGAUGGUAUCUGGAACAGAGUCGAAUACCGUCCAUUGGAGGGUUUCGUCUAUGCUGUUACACCAUUCAACUUUGUUUCUAUUGCCGCAAACUUGUCUGGAACCCCAGCAUUGAUGGGAAACACUGUUAUCUGGAAGCCAUCCGACUCUUCCAUUUUGAGUAACUAUCUCAUGUACAAGAUCUUUGAGGAGGCCGGUCUUCCUGAAGGUGUGAUCAACUUCAUCCCAGGUGACCCGGUUGCGGUCAGUAAGGAGGUUCUUGCAAGCCCAAGCUUCAACGCUUUACACUUUACCGGAUCCACGCAUGUUUUCCGUAGCUUGUGGGGUGAAAUUGCCUCCAACGUUGCAAAGGGUGUCUACAGAGAUUUCCCUCGUAUCGUUGGUGAAACUGGUGGAAAGAACUUCCACCUGAUUCACAAGAGUGCAGACCUUAAGAAUGCUGUGUACAACACUCUUAGAGGUGCAUUCGAGUUCCAGGGACAGAAAUGCUCUGCCGUUUCUCGCUGUUACGUUAGUGAAUCGAUCUGGCCUGCAUUCAAGAAGCUUUUGGUCGAGGAGACUAACAAGAUCACACCAACUAACACCACGGUUGUUGGUGGACUGCAUGCAUUCAUGGGUCCUGUUAUUCAUGAAAGAUCAUUCAAGAAGCUUAGCGGACUUAUUGACAGCAUUGCCUCCGACCCAGAGCUUGAGCUUUUGGCAGGUGGUAAGUACGAUGGAUCCAACGGUUACUUCAUCAAGCCAACUGUUGUUGAGGCCAAGAAUCCUGACCACAGAUUCCUGAAGGAGGAAUUCUUUGGACCAUUGGUUACAUGUUACGUUUUCCCUGACGACAAGUUUGAGGAAACACUGUCUUUGAUUGACUCUUCUACAUCUUACGGUUUGACCGGUUCGAUAUUUGCUAAGGACAGAUCUAUCAUUCGCCUUGCUGAGGAGAAGUUGAGAUACAGUGCUGGUAACUUCUACAUCAACGAUAAGGCAACAGGUGCUGUUGUUGGUCAACAGUGCUUUGGUGGUGCUAGAGCAUCUGGUACCAACGAUAAGGCCGGAAGCUCAAACUUUGUUGCUAGAUUUGUCACCCCAAGGGCAAUAAAGGAGAACUUCAGAGAGAUCAGCGGAUACACAUACCCAUCUAAUGCUUCAGAAAACCAGUAA